GGCCGUGGCAGUGGCAGUGUGAAAAGUUCGUCAUCAAGUUAUCAUAGAAGAACAUACCCAGCUGUUCGCAAACGAUGGAAGUUUAGUGUUUGGUUAUUUUUUGAUGAAUUAUUACUUAUUUUGGUGUGUUUUGUGAAAGAAAUUGUUUUAUGUUCAGUGUGAGAAAAUCAUCGUAAUAAGCAGUGAUCAUGUUCAGUUGGCUAAGUAAGGAGAGUAAGUCUCCAGAACUAUUCGAUAGCAUAGUGGAAGGUCUGAAAACAUUGUAUCGAACAAAACUAUUACCUUUGGAAACAGCUUAUCAGUUCCAAGAUUUCCAUUCACCUCAAUUAGAUGAUUCAGAUUUUGAUGCAAAGCCAAUGAUUCUACUUGUAGGCCAGUACUCCACUGGUAAAACUACGUUCAUCAAAUACCUACUUGAACGUGACUUUCCUGGAAUACGAAUAGGGCCAGAACCAACUACAGACAGGUUCAUAGCUGUUAUGCAUGAUGAAAAAGAAGGUGUUAUACCAGGAAAUGCCUUGGUUGUAGAUCCAAAGAAACAGUUUCGGCCUCUUUCCAAAUUUGGAAACUCUUUUCUGAAUAGGUUUCAAUGCUCAUUGGUUAAUUCAGAAGUACUUAAAAAUCUUUCAAUUGUGGACACUCCUGGCAUAUUGUCUGGAGAGAAACAACGAGUAGACAGAGGCUAUGACUUUACUGGAGUGUUAGAAUGGUUUGCAGAAAGAGUAGAUAGGAUUAUAUUGCUAUUUGAUGCACAUAAAUUAGACAUUUCUGAUGAAUUCAGAAGAGCAAUAGAAGCGUUAAGAGGACAUGACGAUAAAAUUCGUAUAGUUUUGAAUAAAGCCGAUGGUGUCGAUCAUCAGCAAUUAAUGCGUGUGUAUGGUGCUCUUAUGUGGUCUCUAGGAAAGGUAUUACAAACUCCAGAAGUUGCUAGAGUUUACAUAGGCUCGUUUUGGGACGAAGCUCUACGCCAUGAUACAAACAGAAGGCUGAUGAAUCAUUUAGUUUUGGUUAUAGAUAUUGAUUGUUGUAUCCUAUUACAGGUUCAUGCGUAUAUCAUCAGUGCACUGAAGGCCCAAAUGCCCUCUGUCUUUGGUAAAGAUGGAAAGAAGAAAGAGUUGAUCAAGAGUUUGGGUACAAUUUAUGAGCAAAUCCAACGAGAACACCAAAUAUCACCGGGUGAUUUCCCCGACAUUAAAAAAAUGCAGGAACAACUGCAGCACCACGAUUUCACCAAGUUCCAACUGCUGAGACCGCGACUGCUGGAGGUGGUCGACAAGAUGAUGUCAGAGGACAUCUCCAACCUGAUGGCCCAGAUCCCUCACGAAGAAGAGAGUACUGUCUGCAAGCCAGUGCAGGGCGGUGCUUUCGACGAGAUGCAGGACUCGAUCAGUCCGUUUGGGUACAAGCGCGGAGAGGGCAUCGACGCGGGCCACGGGGAGCCCGACUGGGUGGUCGACCGCAACCGCGACAAGUACGACACGCUGUUCGAAUCUCUCGGCCCUGUCAACGGAAAGGUGUCUGGAGCAGCCGUGAAACAAGAAAUGGUGAAAUCGAAACUGCAGAACUCAGUGCUGAGCAAGAUUUGGAAGCUGUCGGAUGUGGACAAGGAUGGUUUCCUGGACAGCGACGAGUUUGCGCUGGCCAUGCAUCUGAUCGAGGUGAAGCUGGGGGGACACGACAUCCCCACCGACCUGCCAGACCACCUCGUCCCCCCCAGCAAGCGCCAAAACUGAGCGUUCCCCCUUCCCCUUCACUUCUGCUGGCAUCACUUCCAUUGAACUCCACUACAAUUAAUCAUCUAUUGCCACCUCAGCCUGAUUUUCGCACUGAAAAAUGCUGCCGCCGGUCUCAACACUGCUGCUCAUCGUUGCACUCACUGUAUACAUUUCAUUAAAAUGGAUCACAUCCAUAAUAUACUCGUCAUUUUCAUUUCCAAAUUGAUGUUCUAUGCCUCACAUUUUUCGUUCAUCAUCUUUUGAACUAUAAGUUCAAAUUCACUUGAAUGUCACUUAUUCUAGGUACACAAAAAUUGUGUAAACAAUUCAAAAUACUCUUAAUUUACAAAUUUCAAAUUAAGAGUACCGGUAGGCUUUCUCAUUUUGAGGCAUAGUACACAGAAAUUGGUUCCUUUUAGUUUUGUGUUUUGAGAUUAAAAUUCAUGAUAAACGAAUAAUACUUGAGUUUAGGUUGAGUGAAUGUAAUGUCUAGCAAAUUUCACUGAAGGAAUGCAAUGAUUUUGAUUGUGAUUCAAUAGUCACAAUUCAAUGAUCGUGAUUCAAUAGUCAUUAUCUAGAGUUCAGAAGAGUAUACUAAAACUUCUCUAAGUAUUUCUGAUUUAAUUUCUUAAUCUAGCUCGUCCUAAAACAAGUAGGACAUUUCUUCUGAGUUUAAUUUCUGAAUCAAGCUCUUUCUAAAUGAGAAAUUAAAUUCAAUGAGAUUUUAGUUACCUCUAUAAAACUUUAAACUUCAUGAGUUUCAUCGAAGUUCAAGUAUGAAGUUUUUCAUCUAUAUCUUACUUAUAAAUUCGUAAAUCAUGUAAAUGAUUCAGUUGUAUCUAAAUUUAUUAAAUACUUCUGUGUUAAUAUCCUGAGAAGAUUUUUGCUUAUAUUCAUUUAAGAUACAAUCAUCUUUGAGUUUCGGAUUAAUUAUUGUAUUUUUACUGUAACUUUCAAAAAUUAUUUUGUUACUUUUAUCGGAAUUUUCAUUGGACAUGCUGCAAAUUAGAAGAUUUCAAAUAGCUAUUUAAUCUUAAAUUUAUCAAUCUAUCCCUUUAUUGUUUUCAUUUACGUACUCAUGCAAACAUAUAAAUAAUUUAUUAUUACUUGAGCAUAAUUUAAUGAUUAUUUAGAGUAUUAUUAAUUAGUGUUUGAAGUUGGGGAUUAAACAGGAAUAGAUGCACUUGACCUUUUAAUAGACUUUGUUUUAUGGCUUAUUUUAUUCUAUCAAUGGGAUGGAAUGUUUGUUUUUAGUCUAAUUUCCCAAAGUUAGUUUGUAUAAAACAACAGUUUGACUGUAUCUCUCUGUUUAGGGUAGCUUCUGUUUAGUAAAUAGUUGCAAAUAAUAUUUAUUCAGUUGUUAGUAAUUCGCUUUAAUGUCUGCUUUAUAUUAUUCGGAUUUUAGAUUGUAAAUUAUAUGUUCUCUCCAAUAAUAUGUUAUUCGUUUCACUAAUUUGUAAAGUUAUUUCAAAUUUAUGGACUUGAAAGUGAGGGAACAUUUUUUUGGUAGAUUGAUUUAAAGAAUAAAUUUAUAUGCAAUUUAUACAGAAUAUAACACUACAAAACCAUAUGCUUUUGUAUGUUAAAUCUAAAUCAAUCAAUAUUCAUGAGGAUUUAAAUCAGGAAUUGUAUAAUAUUCGUGAUUAUGUUGUUUUUAUUUAUUACUAAAAAUUAUCAUCUAGUCCAUAUUAUUCAAACAAUAAUAAUUAUUAUUGGAGAUUCAAUAUUCUUAGCUGUACGUAAUUAUCACAUCGUAUCAGUUCUAAAUCACAAUUUUGUUUUACAUAUUCAAUAUUUUAUUCUUAUCAAUAUAUUAUCAAUAUUCAUUUUUGUUCGACUUUAACAAUUAAAUUGUUAAUUUUAUAUUAUAUUAUUUAUUUGAAUGUCAGUCCCUUGUUCUAAUUAAUAUGUAUAUCGUAUCUCUUAUAAUCAAACUCUAUGUAUAACAUACAGGUUCCGUAAUAUUGAAUGAAAUUAAUUCAAAAUGUUCAAAUAGGGAUAAAUUUGCAACUUUCAUGGGAUGAAUUGGCCACGUAUCGUCAUUUCAUUAUUAAUGAAGUAAGUACGGUAUUGGUUAUAGAAUAUUGGCUUAUUGAAAUCAGUAUGGCAAAUAUCUUUAGGAGCAAUGUGGUACCCAUUCAAUUUUAUUGUUCAAUGGUAAGGUUCUCAAUGAUAUCUCUAAAUAUUGUCUGAGUAUUCCUGCUUGAUUGCCUUUUUGGCGAAAUUAUAAAAUAUUUAUAUAGUAAGGGGAAGGAGAAUUAGCACAAAUAAUACAUAUUAUUACUAUUUAUAAUUACUUUAAGAUAUUGUAGAGACGUUUUAUUUAUUCCUUUUAUUUAUUCAUAUUAUUUAUUCUCUGUCAAAUGUUUAUAAUCUAUAUCGUAUAUUCAUAUUAUUUUGUUGCUUUUUCAAAGUCUAUAUAAUUGAAAUGUAUUUUACUCAUAUUUUAUUAUCAUCAUCAAAUAAAUUGGUCUUAUUUUACCCCCUUUUAAAUUACAGCAUUGAUUGAAAUAAUCAUUACAUACAGUUGACUAUUAACUUAAUUUUAUUUGCAAAUUUAAAUAUUAUAUAGUCGAAUAAAGAAAGAUAUUCAAUUUAUAAUAUUACACAGUGAAGACUGAUUAAAAUUUUAGAAAAUUCAUCACCUAAAACUGGGAAACUUUAAUUUUAAAUGUAUCAGAAAAUCUUAAUGUUGAAGAAAAUUGUUGAAAUUUGAAAUAUUAAAAAUCAGUUUUUGAUUUUGUGAUUAUUAAACAUAUUAUAAAAGUGUUUCUUUGUUUUGAUUGUUGUAUUUGUGUAUUUCAUCUUAAUAUUUAAGAUUCGAGUAGUUAUGUUCUGCUAAUCUAUUCAUCUAAGUCAAUCACACAGGCUAGAAAAUAUAGUAUUAUCACAAAAACCUUUAAGAAAGCAUUUUUUAACUCUUAAAUACUGAAUGAAGCCCGACAUUGUACUUUGCAGUUUUCUUCAUUAGUCACUCUGAAAAAGCCACUUCAACAUUCGCAUUUCUAUUUCACAUAUUUUGAAAAUUGGUCAAGAGUAAAAUUUAUCCUGUACAUAUUUGUAUUCUGUUUGCACCAUAAAGUUGUUGCAAACUAAUUAAAUUGAAUACCUGAUCGAGGGCAAUAAUAAGAUAUACUAUUUUUAUAAAUAUCUUCAUCUUCCAGUUCAGAUAAUCAAUCUGUUAUUGUUAUCAUUUCUGCUAUCAAGAAAUUAUUGAAAUGAAAAAAUUCUAUUUUCUAUUAUAAAAGAAUACACCGUAACAGAUUAUCAUACUAUGAUGUCAUGAUGUUCUUAGUGUUUGUAAUAGUUUUGGCUGUAUUCCAUGAUAUUUUUCUCAUCCAGACUACAAUAAAGUGUUAUCUGUUUC